UAAAGUAUUAAGUUCUCAGAAACUUGUUCCUAAUCGGAGACGGAAGGGUAAACUGAUUGAGGUUCGGCUUCCCUAUAAAUUACGAUUACCCCUCCAUUUCCCACUUUUUAUGUAUUCUUCAAGCUAAUCGCUCUUCUACCUUGCAUCUUACGUGAAGUAGACCAGCGAUUUCCAGUUUUAAGGCUACUGCUGCAGUUUGUGAGUGCUACUGCUUUGAUUCUUCUCAGACAACCGUCGGAGAUGAGUCAGAAAGGCCUAAUAUACAGCUUUGUUGCUAAAGGAACUGUUGUUUUAGCUGAACACACAUCAUUCUCAGGGAAUUUUAGUACCAUUGCUGUUCAAUGCUUACAGAAAUUGCCUUCUAAUGGCAGCAAAUGCACAUACUCAUGUGAUGGAUAUACAUUCAACUUUCUUCUUGACAGUGGAUUUGUCUUUCUCGCUGUUGCGGAUGAAUCAGUUGGAAGGAAUAUGCCAUUUGUAUUUCUGGAGCGCGUGAAAGAUGACUUUAAACAGCGUUAUGGAUCAAGUAUCAAGGAGGAGGACCCUCACCCACUUGCAGAUGAUGAGGACGAUGAUGAUUUAUUUCUAGACCGAUUCAGUGUUGCAUACACUCUUGACAGAGAAUUUGGGCCAAGGCUUAAGGAGCACAUGCAAUAUUGCAUGAAUCAUCCAGAAGAAAUGAGUAAACUUUCCAAGCUGAAGGCUCAAAUAACAGAGGUGAAAGGAGUUAUGAUGGAUAACAUCGAAAAGGUUAGACUUGUUUUAUGAAAUCGUGCAAUUUCU